AUGGCCCAGGCUCUAUCCACCUUCACGCCGGAUAGCGAAUUCGCUGAUCUGGAGACGCCCCGCGGCCCCAGAACCGGAAGCCUUUCCAUAACCGCCUUGGCUCGGUUUGAGUUCGAGGCUGGAAAAGGCAAUGAGGGUACGAAGAUCCUGAUGGUUGAGUGGGAGGAUGAUGAUAUUACCCGAUCCUCUGCUGAGGGCUCCUGGCAUGUUUCAUGGUCUGGUAAGACAACUGUCUUGCCAGCGGAUGAACGUCCCAAUGAUAGUACCCGGCGCUUCUACUUCUUGUUGCCGCCGAACGUCACCAUCCCACCGGUUAUCACGUUAUCCUACGAACCCCCAAUUGAUAAGGAUGUCGAGGCUACACUCUCCACAAAGGCCCACGAUAAAUUGCAAUUGAACCCCUUGCCGGCGAUUUUCCCGCCCGAGCUGGGCGCUACGGGCCGUGCAGCUGGUAAGAAGGGUGUUCUGCAUACCAUCUGGGCGAAGAAACGGCUGCGUGUUCUGGAAGCUGAGAUCCGUAAUGAGGCGGAGAACAAUGCAGAGGGAGUUGCUCUGCAUAUGGCCGUUCAGGAGAAAGAAUGGAUCGAGGACAACUUUGGUGUAAGUGCACAUGGCGUGGAGAUUGCUAGUAGCCACGACUCGUCGGUGUAUCCCACUGGCCCUGCAACCCCGGUGUCUCCCGUUAGUGGCAACAAGCUCAGUGAUAAGCUCAAGGGUCUGAAACUUCAGACCAGUGAAAGGGACCUUUCUGUGAAGAAUGGCGGCCCGGCAUCUCUUCUAUCACCUCAAUCUCCGGAUGUUGCUGUAUCUUCAUUCAGCUCGUUCAAAAACUCCGUCAACAGAACAAUGCACUCCAUGCUAACUCCAGUCACCAACCCUACCCCGACUCCAAACACCAGCACCAACCCCGCUGGUGCGGAGCCGCUGACCCUCAGAACUGUGGCCCAUUUCCCGCCAGAGGCUCUGCAAGAUAUCCAGAGCAGUGAGCCAAACGGAUUUGCCUCUCUGGAUACAAUGGGUUCCCUUGUUCGGACCACGAGCGAUGAAUCGAGCGACGAUCUCUUUGCCAAGGCAUUGAGUCCUCGUUCGCCUGAUCUCCCUCGGAGCCCAUUCUCAUUCGCUUAG